CCUCGACAUUACUCGGCAGUAAGUAGCAUCUCGCGAAAGUUCCGAGUCUGGCCGACGAACGAAAGCGCCAGACUUACAUUUGCGAAGCUGUGGGAGACAGUCGUUAGUUGUAUGCGAUUUUGAUUUUCGAGUACCUAAUCGUUUUUCGUCUGUGAUUAAAGAAGUGGCAAAUUCAACUCUAGAUUUUUUUGUAUGCUGGCAAUUACCGAAAAGCUUUAGACAAGAAAAAUACAAUAGUUCAACCCUUGUCAAACAGUGUUUCUUGGGAAUCGGGAUUUCAUCAUCUGUUUUUACUUUGUAAUCGAAAUAAGUAAACAAUCUUCUUUUACGUUCAGUAUAUUAACAAAAAAACAUGGAAAACGACAUUAACAAACCAUAUAAAAUUUGCGAUGUUAAUCGCGAAAAGAAGAAAGGAAUUGUCGCUAUGUCGCUUGAAGACUUACUCACAAAAGUGCCGGAAAAGCUGGGAAUGCCUUCUGAAAAUUUAACUGUUGUAUUGGAAUCAGAUGGUACAGAAGUUGAUGAUGAAGAAUACUUCUCUACGUUAGACCCAGACACGUCCCUCAUGAUUUUGCACGGAAAUGAAAAGUGGGUCCCGAACAUGCCUAAGUGUCAGGUAUCGUUAGAUCAGACCGAUGAUAUAGCUUUGGGUGAUAAAGAACAAGUGGCGAGUCUUGUUGGUCGACUGCAGCAUAACCUAUGUCACAUCUCGUUGCUUGGAGGCCAAGACCUAGAAUUGUUAUCUGAUAUGGAUCCUGACAGCUUGGCUGACAUUGUUACUGAUCGAGAUAAUAGAAUAAUUUUGGAACAUAUUAAAGAAGCAUCUGGAAGAAUUCUUCUGGAAAAACGUCAAGCCCAAGAUGCUAUGGAAUUGCUAAAAUUAUACCAUCAGAGUGUCUCCAAUGGUCCAGAAGACGUGUCUUCCCCAAAGCAGGAGAGGGUUUAAAUCAACCCAGUUGAACAUCUGGUCUGCACACAGGCAAGACGGAACUUAUUAAUCUAAAGUUUGAUAAAGUUAUUUGUACACAGUAUAAUAUUAUUCCAGCAUUAAAGCUAUUGGGAUAUUAAUGUACAAUUAUUAUUAAUAUCAAACAAUGUUUAUAUUACGAUACAUAAAUAAAAAUUGUAGUAUUAAAACGCUAAUCUUAUGAAUAUGAGCUAAUAAUAUUAAUAUGUGGAUAAUGGUUUGAUAUGAUAGUGAUGAUAAUCUUAAGUAGGCAGGCAUGUGUACAUAGAUAUGCAUGAGACUUAAAUGAUUUCUUGCUCUCUGUCUUUACUUUCUCAUUCACUACUAUAAAAUUCAAUUCGGUAGUGACCUUUGCAUACUUUUAACCAAAUGGGUAUGAUUUGGUAUUUUAACCAUAAGUUGUAUAGUUUUUAAAGAGAUCCAUAUUUGGAUAAACAUUUGGUAAUAUAGUUUGUUUUGAAAAGAGAUUAUAGUGUUAAGAAUUUAAGGCCUUCUGCAUCAUUAUGUCACAAUGUUUUAUUUUGUAAACUUUUGAGAGACGAUUUGCCACAAGGUUGAUAAUCAACAUCAAUUUAAAAGACUGAUAGUUGGUAAUUUUUUUUUUAUAUAGUUUUACCCUUAGAUUAAGAUGCAUUAUUUUAUUCCAAAUUUGCUCAAAAUUUACAAUUAUUGAAUAAAUUCCUCUGCAAUUCUGUUCUAUCCACUGCUAUACCAUUUUGUAAUCUUAGUGGUUACUUAUUAUUCAGAUUCCCAAGUUUCACUUUGCCCUUCAUAUAAAAUAUCAAUAGGAAAAACAAUAUACGAUUUUGUUAAAAUUAAGUAAUUCUGUUUUAUUAAAAAAAUGUAAGAGUCAAACAGUUUCAUUAUAAACAUGCACCAUACAUAUUUCUGAACAAAAAAAAAAAAAAAAAUCAUUGAAAAAUAUUAGGUAUUCAUAUUAAGAUUAAUCAUGUUUUCUGUACAAAUUUAUGAGAAUUGAGGAGCUAGAGCAGGGUUGUUUACCAGAAAUUAAUAAGUGAAUUCUGCUAGUAUAUGUUCUUAUUCCUCUAUUCUGAUUUCAAAACUAAACAACAAUGAUACUAUGUAGUUGUAAAUUGUAAAAGGAGUGUGCACUAAAAAUGUGAAAAAAAAACACUAAAACCUAUGUCAACAAUACUAAAUUGUUUGCAAAGUAUUGAUUAACAUACCUACCCAAUAAAAAUAUCCUGCAUAGUGGUUUAUAGUAAAUAUGGUUCAAAUUUAUUAUAAAUGUGUAAAGUGUAUAAUCUGAAUACAAUUUGAAACACCAAAUAGAUUAAGUUUUUUUUAUAAAAUGUGGACUGUGGCAAAUUUAUUCCUACGAAAAACUGGAAUGUGCAGCAAAUAGUUUAAUUUAGAUUAUUGCUUUAUUUUAUUUUAAUUAACUUUUACGAUAGCAAUAUUUUAAAAUAUUUUGCUGCUACCCUGUAUACAUUUGUGAAGUACUAGUGGAAGUGUAGUCUAAAAUGUGCCAUGACUGUGUCCAUUUGUACUUUAUAGCAAUCUUGUAUUGUGGUAUAAGGGUGGGCCAACCUGACAGUGUAAUAAUAAUUGAGACUGACGAGUCUCAGAGUAGGUGGAAAUAUUCUGUUGUGAUGUC